AGAUCCUGAGUUCAAUAAUGAACUAUGCAAUCUGACAGAUACUGAAGAACUUCCCGAAAAACCAACAGUCAAAGUCAUCCCUGUCCUUGAGAUGGUACCUGCCUCAUCUGAUGAAAUCUUCAGUCACACUCCCAGCACAGCAGAUACAGAGAUACUCUCACACUCAUCUCAGGAGCGACAGAAACAGUGGCCAGAAUUUUUUGAUAUCCCAACCUUUUCUGUUGAUGUAGAGUAUAGACUUAGGCAAGCUGAUUUGCUGUUUAUGAGUGAUGGUACAUACCUUAAAGUAUCAAAAGAACUAAAACAUGAGAUCCUUGAAAGAUUGGCAGAGAGCAUGUAUAGCUACACAGCAUACCCAACUGCUGCUCAGUUUGAAAGUGUUGCUGUAGCACUGAUAAGCAAGCACCCUUGUCUCCAGGAGCGAGGCUCAACCACUCGCUGUUGUGGUUGGAAAAAUAGUCUCAAACAUAAAAUGGCUAAUUAUAGAACAAAACGUAGGCAAUCAGGAUGCCUAGAUGUUGCAGUAAAUGCCGGUAAGCGAGGAAGACAUACAGCAGAAGGACAACCAGCUAACAAGCGUAUCAAGAAAGCAAAGAAAGGUGAAAUCAACUACUUGCCCAACUUUCCUGAUGGAUUUGAUCAGGCAGCCCUGGAGGGAGUCUGCAAAGACUUGGUUGAUGAAAUGCAGAAGAGAACACCAAAUGGACCUCUUGUGAAAAAGAAGAUGGACCAGACGUUUGCUCUGAGAAGAAAAGAGGUGGUGGACUCGGAACCUGCAAUAAGCACGAUGGUGAAACGCUGGCCCGCCCUUUUCACUGAAGAUGAGGUGUUCAUGGAGUUCAGCAGGAUUGUGGGCAAAAACCUCAAGCAGGAAUUCUAUGAGAGCAUCGAUCGGCACAGUCCUCGUCUCCUCGAGAUAUUUCGAUCCAAGAGAGGGAAUAUCGGGCAGUUGUUGACACAUAUGUCACAACAGACCAAUACCACAGAGCCAACUGCAAUCCGGACACAGGUGCUCAGAGGGCUUCCUAUCAUCCUUGGGGAUAACCCCACAAACUUCUUCAAAGUAGGCUUUGAGUCUGAUGAUGAUGAUUGCUUUCGUGACCUCGACAUUGGGAUACUUCUCAUUGAGCGUGAAGGUACUGUGUUUACAUCUUCCCUGCAUCUCAGCCCUGCCUCGUUGAAAAUCAUCAUUGAGGGACAAGUUGUGAUGGACAACAUUCAAGAUCUGCCAAACGCAAUGUGCAUUCUGUUUGGACUCACAUAUGCACUCCAUCUGGACUACCCAAAGACUAUGAAGCUCACAUUUCAGUUCAUCCAACAGGUAUUGCUGUCAUUGGGCCACACUGACCUAAAACCAAGGCUACAGACUCUGAAAAAUCAGCUUGAAAUGUAGAACAUGUGAGGUCUACUGUGAGAAGCUGUUGACUAAACAAGCAAAACAGUCUCUGCUGACCUGUCCAGUAAACUAGACAGACACACAAAACACAAACAUAUGCACACAAACAACACAGACACAUAAAAUACCACACAUACAGCACAGCACAUACACUUAAAUGCUGUAGGAAGCAUUUUGAAAUAUGUUGCUUUUGUGAACGUUAAAAUGUUCUGGAGUUGCAGCAGAAAGACAAUUGUUUCAGUUCUUGUUGCAUCAUCAGUCUGUGGAGAUGGAGUUAAAUAUUGUGCUGAUCUGCAAGUCUCUGUUGGUUCAUGCUCUGGCCUCCAGACAUUUAGGCAGGGCAAAGAGUUACAAUUAACACUGAGAUCCUGUUUGAAAUUUCUGGUACAUUUGAGUGGGGGUUUCCUGCGAAUUUGAAUUUUUCUAUGGACUUAACACUUUAACCUCAAGGGACAUCCAUGUUGUUUUCUUGUAAUUUUGUGACACAUUCACACACACAAACAACACAGACACAGACAACACCCACAGACUACUUGGACACAUACAACACAAACAAUCAACACAGGCGCACACAACACAAACACUGAAUUGUUUCAAUGAUUAGAAAUGAUUUUUUAUUUUUCUAUUUACAUGUGUUGAUGUUAAUCUGAAGUUUGUCAAUACAAGUUUGGCUGUGUUUUGAGUGUUAUGCCAUUUUUCUUAAAAAAUAAAAUGCAUUUGAGCAUUUA